CUCAUUGAUUUUGCAUAGUUUAGGAGCGAAACUCGGUCCGUGAAUUGUGGGCUUUGUGGGUAUUAAAGGGUCUGUAAUGAUCUGUGCUGAGUAGUUUCUUUUGAUUUGGGUGGAGGACUGGAGGGAGAGUUAGGGUGGUGGUUUUUGAUGUGGAAUAUUGGUCUCAAGUUCAAGACAUGCUGAGUGCUGAUGAAGGUGAGAAGGAUUUGUUCUUUGAUUCCGCAGAGUAUUUGUCAUCUGAAGAGUCAGUGGUAGUAGAAGAGGAGCUGGAGUUGGAGUUGGAGUAUGAGAUUUGGGUGAAUGAGCCGCCCAGUGUGAAGGAACGACGAGACAGUUUUCUACGGCAGAUGGGUUUAGCUGAAUCUGGUUCUGCAAUGUUUGGUUCUGUGGAGGUGGAAAGGGAGGUAGCCACCUCAUUGGAGAUGAUGGGAUUGGAGAGGUUUUCGGAGCGUAGUGGAGAUGCCUCAAGCUCUUGCAGCUCCUCAUCUACUCACAUUGAGGAAUAUUCGGGUUUUGAAAGCAGGGGUGGAGAGAAUCAAGCAAAUUUCAUGUAUGAAGAAUUUGACAGAGGCCUGCAGGACAAGUCAAAUUUAGUAUCAAUUCUGGAGUCAGUACAAGUUUCUACUUCCGGUAGUGAUUGUUCUCAGAGGGAAACUUGUUUUAAAAGAGAUACUGAGGCUACUGAGGAAGAAUGCGAGAGUGCAAAGCAAAGCCGUAAGAAGAAGAGAAGUUGGUGGAAACAAUUUAUAAACAAGGGCAAGAGGAGACGAGAUAAAGUUUUCUCAGAGGUAUCAAAACCUGAUACUGAAGUAUCCAAAGAAAACAAAAUGAUGGUUAAACAUAAUAGUAAGAGGUACAUGGAGUUUGCUGCACUUUGCACCGGGCAAGAAAUUCAGGCUCACAAUGGGUAUAUUUGGACCAUGAAGUUUAGUCCUGAUGGUCAAUACCUUGCAACUGGUGGUGAGGAUGGGGUUGUACGCAUUUGGCGUGUUACAUCAGAUGCCUCUAAUUACCUGAUGGCUCAAGGCAAUUUAGAUAGAAAACUUAAAAAAAUCAAGUCCGGAUGUCGAGUUAUUUUUCCUGACAAUAGUUUUCGAAUUGAAGAGUCACCGCUCCAAGAGUUUUUCGGCCACACCUGUGAUGUAUUAGACCUGGCUUGGUCAAAUUCAAACCAUCUCAUUUCUUCGUCUAUGGAUAAAACUGUUCGACUGUGGGAAGUUGGUUGCAGUCAGUGCCUAAAUGUUUUCCAUCACAAAGACUAUGUGACAUGCGUUCAGUUCAAUCCUCUUGAUGACAAUUACUUCAUUAGUGGAUCCAUAGAUGGAAAGGUUCGGGUUUGGGGACUUUCUGAGAUGCGAGUUGUUGACUGGGCUGAUGUGCGAGAUGUUAUAACAGCUAUUUGUUAUCAACCAGAUGGGAAGGGUUUUGCAGUUGGUUCCCUUGCUGGCACUUGCCGCUUCUAUGAAGAAUCAGCAAAAGAAGCACUUCAGCUUGUUGCACAGAUUCAUAUUCGUUCUAGAAGGAAGACCUCCAGCAACAAAAUCACUGGCAUUCAGUUUUCCCAGGAAAACCCACGAAGAGUUAUGAUAACAUCAGAAGACUCAAAAGUCCGUGUGUUCGAUGGGGUAGAUCUCGUUAAGAAAUACAGAGGUCUUCAAAAGUCGGGAAGUCAAAUGUCAGCAUCUUUCACAUCGAGUGGGAAACGUAUUAUCUCAGUUGGAGAGGACUCACACAUUUAUUUAUGGGACUAUGACAGCUCUUGUCUUCCAUCAUCCAAGCAAACCAAAUCAGUUCGAUCCUGCGAACAUUUCUAUUGUGAAGGCGUGUCUGUCGCAAUCCCUUGGUCAGGCAUGGGAACAGAACAGAAGAAAUUAGAAGAUGCUAGUCCACGAUAUUGUUCACAAACACAAGGCAGACUAGAGGCUACUCCGAGCAGUAGAGAUUCAGAACGCUUUUUGCUUGGGAAUUGGUUUUUCCUGGAUGGACCCUGCAGGGGUUCUGCAACUUGGCCAGAGGAGAACCUUCCUCAUUGGGAUUUACCAGUUGAAGGGGAUAAAGAUAAUCACUGGCAACACGAAGACCAUCAACGCCAUUCCCACGACAAUAAAGCUCACAACCACUUGACGAAAUCAGAUACAUGGGGGCUUGUCAUUGUAACUGCUGGAUGGGAUGGGAAAAUCAGGACAUUCCAUAACUAUGGAUUGCCGGUCAGUUUGUAAGAGUUCAUCUGUCUCAGCAUUCAGUCGAUGAUCAUCUUGACAUCGACAGAUCGUAGCUCAUUAAGUAAGUUAGGAGAUCAGCAGCAGAGAUUUGAAAACUAUGAAGUUUCAGAGGCUGUUCAAAUCCACACCCAGCUUGAAUUUUCACUAGAGCUGGAAGCCCUUGCGAAGAGCUUCAUUAGAGUGUACAUUUUCACUUCGCUAUGUCAGUCA